GUACAAACUGGUGGUUCCUUUGAUAUUGACUAUAUUGUAACAGAUCCACGCGAAUAUUCUUUCUGUUUUUCAAAUGAUAUGUCAACAUUUGCCGAAAAACUCGUCGAUUUUGAAAUUUCGAUUGAAAAUGAACCUCGUGCCGAAUUACCACCAUCAAAAGGAAUUACUCCUGAUCAAACAAGUAGCAUGGAAGAAAGUUGUUUAAGACUUAGUAGCAGUUUGA